UGACAGUACAACCACUGAACCAACCUCCUCAUGCAUCUUAACGAAACCACUGCGAUUUUCAUAUAUAAGUAAACAAAUACAGCGGUAGCUACGUUAGAACGAAACUUCAACGAAACGUCCGCCCUGUCGUGGAACUGUAAUAAUAAGUGUAUUAUCGUCGUUGAGAAACCUUGAGUUAAACAGCAGUUUACUGGCAGUUUUCGGUUAGCUAGCACUAGCUAUUCUGUUGGUAGUAAUCACAGGCUAGUAGUAAUUAGCUAGCUAGCCACUGUACACCGGUACUCGGUGAUCGCUGACAACAUCAGUGGAAGCUACUGUAGUUAAUAACCGCCAGCUACAGUAAAAGUUCAAGUUUAUAUCAAGCUGGAAAAACGAUGGCAUCAAUGGCGGCCCACGAGCCAACUUUAGGCUCAGGCUCAGUUACUCUUCUUGCAGACGCAUUAGUUCCCGCGAGCAUAUUUGCGCCUGACCGUGGAGUAUACGGGGAUGACACCGGGGACGAGUGCUUCGAGGACGGUGACGUUUUCAACGGCGAGGCCGGGGAUCAUGGAAUUGACUUCACCAGCAAGCUGGCUCUGGUGAGCCCAAACGGAGAGCAGUAUGACUCCCUGCUACGGCAGCUACGAGAGCGGAUGGAGGAGGGGUGCGGAGAGACCAUCUAUGUGUUGGGGAUGGGCUCAGAUGGGGGGGACUAUGGUCUGGAGGAACAGGACAUGGAGGCCUCGGUGGCCACGGUGCGCUCGCUGUGCGAGCAGGUGGACGCCGACCUCACCCUGAGGGAGCGCACAGAGGCGGGCGGACAGAUCCGGGACUUCCUCAUCCGGUGCCGCGUGGGGGAACUGGACUUCCUGGAGGUCAGGGUGGCGGUGGUGGGGAACGUGGACGCAGGGAAGAGCACCCUGAGCACCCUGCUGGGCGUGCUGACCCACGGCGACGUGGACAACGGGCGCGGCUUCGCCCGCCAGAAGCUGUUCCGACACAAGCACGAGAUGGAGAGCGGGCGCACCAGCAGCGUGGGGAACGACAUCCUGGGCUUCGACCACGAGGGCCAGGUGGUGAACAAGCACAGCCACGGGGGCAGUCUAGUGACUAAGAUCUGUGAGAAGUCGUCCAAGGUGAUCACCUUCAUAGACCUGGCCGGCCACGAGAAGUACCUGAAGACCACCGUGUUCGGCAUGACCGGACACCUGCCCGACUUCUGCAUGCUCAUGGUGGGCAGUAACGCGGGCAUCGUGGGCAUGACCAAGGAGCACCUGGGGCUGGCCCUGGCUCUCAACGUGCCCGUCUUCGUGGUGGUCACCAAGAUAGACAUGUGUCCUGCCAACAUCCUCCAAGAAACGUUAAAGCUGCUCCAGAGGUUACUCAAGUCUCCAGGAUGUCGGAAGAUUCCCGUCCUGGUCCAGAACAAGGAUGAUGUCAUUGUCACCGCGUCUAAUUUCAGCUCUGAGAGGAUGUGUCCCAUCUUCCAGAUCUCCAACGUGUCGGGGGAGAACAUGGAGCUGCUGAAGAUGUUCCUGAACCUUCUCUCCUCCAGGACCUCCUUUAAAGACGACGAGCCCGCAGAGUUCCAGAUAGACGACACCUACUCAGUACCGGGUGUAGGUACAGUAGUGUCAGGGACUACUUUACGUGGAGUGAUACGUCUGAACGACACCAUGCUGCUGGGACCAGACCCCCUGGGCAACUUCAUGCCCAUCGCUGUGAAAUCCAUCCACCGCAAGAGGAUGCCUGUCAAGAUGGUGAGAGGAGGACAGACCGCCUCCUUUGCCCUCAAGAAGAUCAAGCGCUCCACCAUUAGGAAGGGCAUGGUGAUGGUGUCCCCUAGGCUCAAUCCACAGGCAUCCUGGGAGUUUGAGGCCGAGAUCCUGGUGUUGCAUCAUCCAACUACGAUAUCCCCCAGAUACCAGGCCAUGGUCCACUGUGGCAGCAUCAGGCAGACAGCCACCAUCCUGACUAUGAACAGAGACUGUCUGAGGACGGGGGACAAGGCGGCGGUCCACUUCCGCUUCAUCAAGACCCCGGAGUACCUGCACCCAGACCAGAGGCUGGUGUUCAGGGAGGGCCGCACCAAGGCUGUGGGCACCAUCACCAAGCUGCUCCAGUCCACCAAUCACCUUCCGUCUAACUCCAAACCUCCACAAAUCAAAAUGCAGUCCACGAAGAAGACCCCGCCCCACAAGGAAGAGGGGAGCACGCCGGCCAAUGAGGAGCCUUCGAGCACGGCCAGGCCAGCCAGCCCCUCCUCUUUACAGCCUUUACACCUGGGGCAGGGGGGGGAGGAGGACCCCCAGGUAAAGGAGGGAACCAAAGAGAACAAGGCGAAGUGCGGAGGUGGUGGCAGAAGGAGAGGAGGACAGAGGCAUAAAGGAAAAGGCCAGCUGGGCUCUGUGGCAGCCCCCUCGUCCACAGGCACCGGGGGGUCCUAAACACCACCCUGUUCACUCCCCCACACCCACACGCACUGUUCACCUUCACACACACUGCUAGAACUCCCUCAUCAAGUGUCUUUGUUGCGCACAGAAACGGUCUUAUAAGAGACCAGGUUCAGAAAUUAAUUUAAAGAGAAUAAUAUUAUGCAGAGCCAGAGAGACGCCUGUGUUUCGCUCUGUGUCCUCAAACACUAACUUCCCUACUGGGGACACAGUGGGGAACUUGUGGAGACUUUAAAGCGCUGGGCUCCAAUCCCAAAACCAAACCUUUCCUAAGCCCUUGAUGACUCAUCCACUCUGAAACUAUUGAAGUUCUAACGUUAUCGUUAUAAGUGAGGGAUGAAAGCACAUGUUCCUUCCAACAGUACUGGUUUUAAUGAGGUGUCAGGGAUGCAUUUAAGGGACCAUGUUUAAGGUUUUGAAUUUGUCCAGAAUGUGACACUACACGAGGUGGUGACAAUAGGCUGGAGCCCUAGGUGGAGGCCAGCUAGAGGCCAGGGCCCAGCAACAAUAUGAGCAGCUAAUUUCCACCCCCUCCCUACCGCUUCACAGCAGUGGCAACGUGGCCUUCUAAAAGGCCUGAGUGGAAUACAACCAUUUUUGUUUUGUGAAUCUUUUUUUCCAUCCUGUUAAUUCAAUGUAACCAUCUCAAAAGGGACCGUAAUCUGAGGGAUGGGGUAGCGCAUAUGAAGGACCGUAUAUAAUGGUGUGUCCUUAUGAGUGAAAUAUUUAAUCAGAACAUGAACGCUGAUGAGACUUAACCGCCUUGUGAAGUCUGAGGGAAGAGUCCGAGGCAGGCUGGCUUCACCGUGUCUGAAGAGUCCGAGGCAGGCUGGCUUCACCGUGUCUGAAGAGUCCGAGGCAGGCUGGCUUCACCGUGUCUGAAGAGUCCGAGGCAGGCUGACUUCACGGUGUCUGAAGAGUCCGAGGCAGGCUGACUUCACGGUGUCUGAAGAGUCCGAGGCAGGCUGGCUUCACCGUGUCUGAAGAGUCCGAGGCAGGCUGGCUUCACCGUGUCUGAAGAGUCCGAGGCAGGCUGGCUUCACCGUGUCUGAAGAGUCCGAGGCAGGCUGGCUUCACCGUGUCUGAAGAGUCCGAGGCAGGCUGGCUUCACAGUGUCUGAAGAGUCCGAGGCAGGCUGACUUCACGGUGUCUGAAGAGUCCGAGGCAGGCUGGCUUCACCGUGUCUGAAGAGUCCGAGGCAGGCUGGCUUCACGGUGUCUGAAGAGUCCGAGGCAGGCUGACUUCACGGUGUCUGAAGAGUCCGAGGCAGGCUGGCUUCACCGUGUCUGAAGAGUCCGAGGCAGGCUGGCUUCACCGUGUCUGAAGAGUCCGAGGCAGGCUGGCUUCACCGUGUCUGAAGAGU